AUGGGCACGCACAGCCGUCUCGCUUUCCUCCUCCUUCUCCUCUCCUUCCAUGCCCCAGGGUCUUUUGUCAGAGCCUCAGCCCUGCUCGGCCUGCCGCGCAUUGUCACCGUGAGCGAGGACACGGCACCGGGCACUCUCGUGGCCAAGGUGACGCUGGCCUGCAGCAACGUGAGCAGCAACCCCAGGGUCAUGCUGGCCCGCGUCGAGCCCAGCAGCCCCUUCGACCCCAACGUCACCGUGCACAGCGUCGAGCUCGGCAAUCCCUUCAACCCCAUCGCCAUCAGCACCAACCACACGCCCGCGUCCACGUUUCAGGCUGAGAUCACGCUGCACGCUGGGGCAGCACUUGAUGCCCACCGGGUGAACCAGUACGUGCUGACGCUGCGGGUUGCCUGCCAUGGGGAGGACGAGGCUGAAGGGCAGCUCUUCAUCAGGGUGACGGCGGCCCAGGCGCUCCACUGUGCUGCCAGGUUUGCCAGCACAGAAGGAGACGUGGUGCAGGUCCCAGCAGACGUGGCACCCCGAACGCCACUAUACACUGUUUCCGCUCUCCCUUUUGUGCCGGUCUCUCUGCAGUUCUACCUCAAAAACGAUGACACACCACUUGUCCUCACUGAAUGGGGCACCGUGCUGGCACCUGACAGCGGCUUUGACCCUGGAGGCAGCACCCAGGUGUUCAGGCUGGAGAUUGUGGUGACGGACCGUCAUGGGCACAACUGCAGCGGGGCCGUGACAGUGGAAUUGCUGCCAUCGCGCCGUCCCCAGGUCAACUUCACUGAGCCGUGGCGGGCUGUGACAGUGCCGGAGGGCACAGGCCCCUUGAAGGUGGUCACGCAGGUCCACGCCAGUGGUGACAAGGUCCGCUAUGUCAUCCUUGCUCCAGCGGCACCGGCGCUCUUCACUGUUGAUGAGGUGACUGGUGAGAUCCGCAGUGCCCACCGGUUAGACCUGGAGCGCUUCCCGCAGGCGGCCCACACCCAGCUGCUCGUCCAGGCCUACGACAUGCUGAACCCCAUGGACCGUGCGACCAUGACACUCAACAUCACUGUGCAGAGGAGGAGCCAGCAGGCACCACGCUGCGCCCCAGCCCUCUAUGUGUCCCAGGUGCCCGAGACAGUGCCCACCGGCAGGACCCUAGUGCUGCUGAGGUGCACAGACCCUGCCAGCGCCAACGGCUCUCUGCACUACACCGUCGAGGGUGCCCCAGCCUCACGCUCCCUCUUCCGCAUGGAGGGGCCACAGCUGCAGGUCAAUGCCACCCUGGACUAUGACUCCGAGGCUGCAGUCGCUGUGGGUUUCCAGCUCACAGCCACCAUUGUGGUGACGGCGGGAGGUCGGCCCCCACGGAGCACCCGUGUGCCCGUGCUGGUGACGGUGACGCCCGUGAAUGAAUACACACCGGCAUGCCCUGAUGGCACAGCCUUCACAGUGCUGGAGACGGCAGCUUUCGGCACUGCUGUGGGGCGCAUUGCCGGCACCGACCGCGACUACCCGCUGAACAGCAUCGAGUACAGCCUCGAGGGGGGCCUGGGCUCUGCCCGGCCCUUCUCCAUUGAUGCACACACUGGUGAGAUCUACGUGGUGGGGCCCCUGGACUAUGAGUGGCAGAAGAGCUACAGGCUGACGGUGAAGAUGACAGACACCCACAACGACCUGGACCCAGCGAACCGGCGGAGCUGCCUGUGUGACGUGGCUGUGCACGUGCAGGCUGCGCUCAGCGAGGUGCCGGUGUGCACACCUGAGGUGCAGGAGCUGCGGAUCAUAGCCAAGCCAGCCACCCGCCAGCCUGUCACCCGCCUGGCAUGCCAGGGCAGCCGCAAUGGUGCCACGCUGUCCUACGCCAUCAUCAGAGGCAAUGAGGACAGGCAUUUUCGGCUGGAGGGUAACACCCUUUUCCACGUCCCCAAUGGCCAUGCCGAGCCCCGCACCUUUGUGCUGCUGGUGGAGGUGUGGGGUGGCCCUAGUGUCCCACGCCGCAGCACCACGGUGAUGCUGGUGGUGCAUGUCAUCCCCUGGACCACCACGGCACCACCCAGGACCACUGCCCGGCGCACGACACUGUGGAAGGAGCCACUGGUCAUCACACGCACAGAGGCAACCUGGAACCCACCAGCCUGGUUUGUGGCAGUAUUGACUGUCUCUGGUGCCCUGCUCCUGGCCACCCUGGGCUGCAUGGCCCGGACCCUGCUGCACAGUGCCCGAGACCGCAGCAAGCUGCUCCUGAGCGAUAGAGCCAAACUGGGGGGAUACAGGCUGGAUGAGUGGACAAUCAGCUCUCGGGACUUGGCAGAGCAGAGGGCUGGAGCCCCGCAGAAGGGGAAAAAGGAGCGGGGCCGCCCUGACGCCGGCAGCCUGGUGCAGUUUGACAGCCGUGCCCGGGACCCACGUGAAGGCGCUUCCUUCGCCUGA